AUGGCUACUCAAUUCCAACGAGCUCAGCUCAUCCACAACACGAAUUAUCAGCGUAAUGGCUUGAAAGCAUACGUCCACGCCCUGAAGAAAUGGAACGGCGUCCCGACUAUUGAUGGACCAUACUGCGGUGUCAAGCAUGUUCAACAGCAAGGCUCAAGUUCGAUCCUCAAGAAGAUAGGCGCCAAACUCGGAGGUCGCGCACACGUGGGUGGACAAGUCCUCGCAAAGAAAGCUGCCAGUGGCACGGGCUCGGGAGAGGUUCCAGCUACAGACGUCGAGAGUAACGCAGAGUAUCUGGCCGUCGUCGGAAUCGGCACUCCGGUGCAGAACGUCAACCUUGAUUUCGACACUGGUUCAGCUGAUCUUUGGGUAUGGUCUACUGAGCUGCCAGCCGCAACCAUCCGAGCUGGGGGCAGUUCCCACACAGUCUUCGAUCCAUCCAAGAGCUCAACCUGGAAAGCGUCUACUGGAUCGACAUGGCAGAUCCAGUACGGCGACGGUUCGACCGCCUCUGGCAACGUCGGCACAGAUAACCUGACCGUUGGCGGUCUAGUCGUUGAGAACCAAGCUAUUGAGUUGGCCAAGACCCUGAGCACCUCUUUCGCCCAAGGUCCCGGCGAUGGUCUUCUCGGCCUUGCUUUUGUGAGUACCUGGUCACCGCCCACCCUCCCCUUCCCUUCCCCCUUCGACCCUCACCGGUUCUCCCGCCAGCCAAUCCUGACGAUCUUUCAGGGCAGCAUCAACACCGUCCAACCAAAACCGGUCGCAACACCAGUCGAGAACAUGAUCACCCAGCAAGACAUCCCACAAAACGCAGAGCUCUUUACCGCCUUCCUCGGCAGUGUUCCACCAGCAAGCGCCUCCUCCACCUCCAGCACCUCCACACCAACCGCCGACAGCUUCUACACCUUCGGCUACAUCGACCAAACCGCGACCAACGGCCAAACGCCCCUCUAUACCCCAGUCAACAAUUCCCAAGGCUUCUGGCAAUUCCAAUCAACGUCCGCCAAGAUCGGCAGCAAAACGGUCAAUCGCUCCAACAACACCGCCAUCGCCGACACAGGCACUACCCUCGCUCUCGUCGACGAUGCUCUCUGCCAGGCCGUCUACGGUGCCAUCCCUGGAGCGCAGCAGAACACGCAGCAGCAGGGCUGGGUAUUUCCCACCAGCACAGAUCUAAGCAGUAUUCCGAGCAUCCAAGUCGCGGUUGGGGAGAACUUCUUUACGAUCAACCCGGAGGAGCUGCCGUUUCAGGAUCUGGGGGAUGGGACGUACUAUGGUGGGAUUCAGUCUAGAGGGAGUCUUACGUUUGAUAUUUUGGGGGAUGUGUUUUUGAGGAGUGUGUAUGCUGUGUUUGAUCAGGGGAAUAAGCGGUUUGGUUGCGUUCAGCGGGCGAGUAAUCUUGCGGGUGGUGGUGGGAGUGGUGCGGGAACUGGUGCUAGUGGUGGUCGUAGUGGAGAUAGAGAGCUAUAG